GUCACACACGUCAGCAAUACAGUGAGUGGUUCCUCCAAACUAGAUAACAAGCACAGUUGCAGUUAACACCUGCUUAGUCUUUAACCACUCAAAUACCACAGCAUGAGCAUAUGCAAGCAUUAACUCCCUCUGGUGAAACCACCAAGAUGGCGUAAAUGUUAACAGCAGGUGAGUACAGCAACCACAGCUGGCCGCUGCAGCCAGAAACAAGCCUGACCGAGCUGAACUUGCCCAGAGUGCUCUGCAUUCUCUCUUCCAUGUUAGAGAAGCUGGUGGCUCGCAAUGAAAAGCUCGUUGAUAUCCUGAGCCAGCAGCUAGAUGGACUGAACUGUGGCUCAGUAAGACUUGGGAACAGCUUGAAUACAUUUCAUGGCGUAAGAGCACCAAGCAUAAGCAUACCUAAGUACUUGGAGAGGAUAUACAAGUACACUAAUUGUAGCCCCUCGUGUUUUGUGGUUGGCUAUGUGUAUAUAGACAGGUUAACACAUAGGCACCCUGAUUCUCUUGUCACGUCCUUGAAUGUGCACAGAUUGCUAGUUACCAGUGUCAUGGUGGCUUCCAAGAUGCUUGAUGAUGAACAUUACAACAACGCCGUAUAUGCUCGAGUAGGAGGAGUAAGCAAUACUGAAUUGAACAAGCUUGAGUUAGAGUUACUCUUUCUGUUGGAUUUUAGAGUUAUGGUAAGCUCUCGGGUAUUUGAGAGCUACUGUUUUCACUUAGAAAAAGAGAUGGUUAUCAAUGGCACAGGCAUGAAGAUUGAAAGGGCAUUAACACCAAAGGCUAUGGAUGACUUAGAGACUGAAAUAUCCGUUGAAGAUAAACAAAGCCCUUCCCCACCUCAAAUUGUAGACUAACACGAUCAGUGGUUGGUUCUGGUCAAUUUUUGGGUCCCAUGCCCCUCCUUAGUCCUUCCCUUGCUCUUCACGGCGUGGUAAUAAUUGGAUCAUUCAUGGGCCAGUUUCGUUUCUUGUAUUUCACGUCAAUGUCAAAGCUUGUGAUAUUGCCUUUUGCCUCCUGCAAAAAUAAAGUACGAGGCUGAGUUAUUAUAUGAUUCACACGAACUGUAUUAAUUUGGCUUUGAUGACAAAAUACAGUUAUAUUAGUUUUUCUUCC